UCUGCUGUAUAAUACUCCUGAUAACAAGGAUCCCUGCUGAUCCGGAGGAGGAUCUCCAGGAGGAUAGUUUGUGUCCUAAACAGCGGAUGCUUUAGAUUAAGGUAGACUUGGCGGAAUCAGAAACAGGACGCGGUUCAUCAAUAUCUACUUUAAUUAAGUACGGCGAUCUUUAAUUAUCACAUGAGCCUUUUGUCAGUGACCAUGUGCGGAGUGAACUUUAUCGGGUGGUGGGUUUUAUGCGCUUUGUUUUUGCCGCUUUCUGAGCCGAGCACUCAGCUCCUAAAGUGCCACGAAGUGCGCUCAUCCUUCCAGCUCCUGUACCCGGGCACCAAGUGGGCUCCGGAGAGCCCUGUCUCAGGCUCAGACCUGCAAGUGUGUCAGUCGAAAGGCCUCACUUGCUGCUCCCGCAAAAUGGAAGAGCGUUACCUCCUCACCGCCAAACAGAACUUGGAGUCGAAUCUGCAGGCGAGCAGCGCCCAGCUCAAACUCCUCAUCAUCCAGAAUGCGGCCCUCUUUCAAGAGGCCUUUGACAUGGUGUUGCGCUUGGGCCGAAACUCUACUCUCACCCUGCUGAGGGAGGAGUUCCCAGGCCUGGGUAGUGGAGCCAACGGUGCCGUCACCCAGCUUUUCCUGGACAUGUCUCUCUACAUCCUUGGUUCCGAUGCCAACGUGGACGACAUGGUGACCUCCUUCUUCUCGCGCCUUUUUCCUCUUGCCUACCGCCGCCUCUUGGGCAACGGGGCAGCGUCAGGAAUCUCAGAUGAAUGCUUGCACCGGAUGUGGCGUGACGCAUCAGCAUUUGGCUCUCACCCUAAGCUAAUGAUGACACGCCUCUCACGUUCACUGCUGGCCACGCGUUUUUUCCUUCAGGCGCUGAACCUGGGCAUUGAGGUGGUGAACACCACGCAGCACCUUAAGGCGGGACGGGAGUGCGGUCGGGCCCUGCUCCGUCUGUGGUACUGUCCACUGUGCCAAGGGCUGCUGGAAGUGCGACCAUGUAAGCCAAUGUGCCUGGUAACGAUGGGCACCUGUCUUGGGGGGGCAGCUGAGGUGCAGCCACAUUGGAGGACCUACGUGGAGGGACUGGGCACUUUGGCAGCUGCCAUGCGAGGAGAACAGGACAUUGAGGCGGUGGUGCUCAGGCUCCAUGUCACCAUCCGGAUGGCUCUCAGACACAUUGUGGGAGCCAAGAGCAGAGUGAACGCCCAGGUGAGCAGCAUGUGUUCUCACACACCCCAGCGCAAGGCUCGUGCAGUGAUAUCACCGGUGAAGCAGGCGCUAGUCAUUCAGCCCGUCAACUUUGAUCCAGACGAGACUCUCUCUGGACAGCGCAGAGAGUUCAUUCAGAGUCUGAGGGGCUUCAGUUUCUUCUAUGGCAAUCUUGGGGAGACGCUGUGCAGCCGAGAGCCAGCGGCACUCCCCAACGGCUCCCUCUGCUGGAAUGGGCAGGAGAUGACAGACAAGUUUUCAGGGCCGGGCCCGAGGAAGAGCCACCCUCACGGAUCAGACACCAAACACAAGCACCCUGAGCCUGUUGUCAGCCAGAUCAUUGACAAACUCAAACACAUCAACCAGCUGUUACGCAUGGUGACGUCGCCGGAGAAGCGAUGGAGGGCUCGUCCAGGAGGGGGCGCAUCACGGAAAGAUCCAGAUCGACUGAACCAAGAGUUGGAGGAUGACGAAGGUCUGGAAAGCGGUGACUGUGACGAUGAAGACGAAUGCACUGGCGUUUCAGGACUCGGGCCACCGACACGACGUAAACGUUUACGUGUUUUCGCCGAUCUGGCGGAUAAUCUGGCAAUGGAUGACUUGACCUUUCACGAGUUGCUUCUGACCCCGAGACUCUCCACAGACACGCACGGCGGAGCGUCUGUACCCGGAGCAGCAGACGGCCUGUACGUCCCUGCUCGUGUCUUCAUCCUGUCCAUCCUCCUCCUUCUUUUUGGAUUUCAGUGAAUCCUCCAGGCUGUUUUACACAAACUCCACUUCAGAAUCCCUCUUCAUCAACUCCUGACUGUCCUAUAAACUGGCCAGUGAAUUUGAAAGGACAUCACAGCUGAUCCUUUGUACAUACAGUGAAAGAUGAGCUAGGCUGAGGACAGAAGACUCUUUCUCCCUUUAUGUGUGUUAUCUCUGCUUUUACUUAAUGAACGUCUUUUUUUGUACUUCCACAAGAACCUGUUCGGUUGCCAAACCAUUAAAGAGGUACUCUCCCAGAGCAUGAUAAAUACAACGUAUCCUAACUGUAUUCCUUUGUGCUUUUAUCUCACAGUACAGUCAUCUGUUUUACAUGGGAUAUUAUUUGCUUUCUGGUGUUUCACACAUGGCUUUACACAAAGACUAGAGUUUCCAGUAGGUAAAGGACUUAACCCUCUUUUUUUUUUUUUUUUUCUUUAGAGGACAUGCUUUUGUAAUUUAUUGGACAUUCUAGAAGACAAAGACUGUGGACUAAUGGGGAUUUAGGGAAAAAAGUGUUCUUCUCUAGUGGACAUGGGGUCUGUCUAAUUUUUGGACAAGCACACACACACACACACACACACACACACUCACACCCACUUUGCAUCCUAAUUCUGCCACUCAUUUCCUCUGCAGUAAAUGAUCCUUGUAGGAGAUCAAGGGAUUGGUAUGUCGUUGUGAAAAUCUUCUUGCUGCAGGGUGACACCAGCUCAAAUUUAUUUGGAGAGAUAACUGUUCAUUAGAAAAGUAGCUUUUGCUUCAAAUUAGCGAUGUAUAUUUAUUUCUCUUUCCCUGAAUCCUAUUCUUUCUUUCACAGUGACAGGCCGUGUCAUAUUUAGGUGUCUGAAAGAGCUGAAUAAUUGAAGAUAUGACCCAUGUUGUCAAGUUGCCAUGACAAUGGUGUCCAAGAAAGGGGUGCUGUGUUGAUGGCUCAAGUGUUUUUUUUAUUCUUAUAAAAUUGGCACACAAAAGGAUAUAAAUAUAUAGCUGCUUUGCGACAAUAACCAUCGUUAAAAGCACUGUACAAAUAAAGUUGAAUAUCCUAUAGACCACUGUAAUAAUUCAGUGUCUAAUUCACUGUCAAGUCAUUACAUUUUUACAGUAUAUCACUGUAUACUUUUAGUAAUGGCCUGUCAAUUGUAAAUGAGAUAUAAUCUACUAGAUUUCCAUUUACUAAUUUGGCUGAUGCUUUUAUGCUACGUUAUAUGGAACUUAAUAACUAAGCUGUUGAAGGUAAGGCUUCAACCCUGGCAGUUUGGCAAUGCUGGGACUAGAAUUUUACGACGUUCUGAUCUGUAGCUUUAAGGUUUAAGCUCUGAGCUACCAUUUCCUUCAACUAAAUUGCGUCCCGUCAACCAACUUUACCACUGAAAUACCUCACAAUUAAAGAAGAAAGCUUGUCCUUUACUAACCUGAAGUUUUUACAUCAAAGACAUACAUGAAAGAGGGAAUGGGUUGCGUUUAAUGAGUUGAUAAAAAAUAAAGUUAUGCUAAUUUUCAUAUGUAGAUACAAAGAGAAUCUUAACAAAAAAUUUUAAUGUUCCCCUAUACAUUGUGUUUUCUGGUAUUGUACUGCAAACAAAUGUACUGUUCUAAUUAUACAACUGUUUACAGUAGAAUCCUUUUUUUUUUUUACCCCCAUCCACAUUGUGUGUUCUCUUCUGUUCUUUCUGGUGAUUUUCACGGGUCGAGGUUGCUAGCCCAAUGUCUAACCUUCCUUCUUUCUUAUCUGGGUUUUGGGAUGGCAAUGGUGGAGUGAUUAUGCAUAGGAACAUAGGGUUAAGGACCUUGCCCAACAAGAGCCCACACGUGGCUACCCAGUGGUGGCAAGAAGCUCAAACCCCUGACCCUCCAAUCAGCAGCCCAGGGCAUCAAUUAAAGCCCUGUAGAACCCUGUCAAUAUACAGUAU